AUGAGGAAGACUACUGUCUGUCUUCCCUGCCUGAUUACAACGCUCUGUUUAAGAGCUGGGGUGAAGACCUACAAAGAUGACAAGACGGUGGUGGCAUCUGUCAUCGAUUUUAAAACUUGGAAUAGUCUGAGAAGCAACUAUAUUGAGACAGCUGAACCAGUCCUUGAGGAAUUCAAGCGCACUGAUAUUGAUGAUGAUGAUGAAGAAGAGGGCCUUGAGGCAAGAAGAACCGUUCCCCCUCCCACAAAGGUAAAGAAGGAAGCCCUUGUUGCUGUUGAGAGCAAACAUGGAAAAAAGAAAUCUCCUGCCAAAUCUCCUCCAAGAAAGGGGGAACGUUCCAGUCAGAGGCUAAAGAGAACCUUCAGCAGUACCAAAAAGCCAGAGGGAGCAUCCUCUGAGAAACCUAUCACCCUCUCUGAGAAGGAGGAAGAUAAUGAGGACAAUGAGCCUAUUGCCAAAAGGCUGAAGCAAAGAGGAACGUCUAAGCCUGCUGAAAAGAGGGUAUCCCCAAGUAGCUCUGCUACUUUUGAAUAUUCUGAUGUUCCGUCCCCUCCUCCAUCACCUGCUCAUCCUCCAACAUCACAUCCCUCUCCUAGGCAACAACAAGGAGAAGAGAUUGCAGAAAUAGAAGCAGCACUUGCUGCCGAAAAAUAA